GUUAAGGUUGGUGGCGAUUCAAACUUUCAAGGUUUUCUGUUGUGUCGAGACAUGACUGUUAACCACAACGAUCGUCCUAUUUUCAAUGCAAAGGGUAAGACAUUUUUAGCACCAAUGGUGCGUGUUUCUGGACAUCCGAUGCGUCUUCUUUCGUUGGAAUACGGAGCAGAUUAUGUUUUCUCUGAGGAACUAAUUGAUCAAAGAAUAAUUCGUUCUUCACGAAUAGUGAAUAAUGAGUUAAACACCAUUGAUUUCAUUCUACCUGAUGGUUCUGUAACAUUUCGUACAUCAGUUGAAGAAAGGAAUCGUGUCUUUGUCCAACUGGGGACCCCAGAGCCAGAAACAGCACUACAAGCUGCAAAAAUGUUAGAAAAUGAUGUAAUGGGUAUUGAUGUGAAUAUGGGCUGUCCUAAAGGAUAUUCUAUGAAGGGUGGGAUGGGUGCAGCUUUACUCAUGAAACCAGAAACUGUGAAAGAAAUUCUAACCACUUUAACUAGAAAUCUUCAUAUUCCGGUCACAUGUAAAAUACGAAUAUUACCUGAGCUAGAAAAAACUAUUGCUUUGGCUAAACUUAUUGAAUCUACAGGUGUUGUAGCCAUCACUGUUCACGGUCGAACUGUUCACGAAAGACCAAUGCAUCGAAAUCGAAAUGAAGUGAUUCAGGCUAUAGCUCAGUCAAUAUCUAUUCCUGUGUUAGCUAAUGGUGGUUCUCGUGAUAUGAUUAAAAAUCAUGAAGAUAUAGAAUACUUUCGACAAGAAACAGGUGCAUCAGGUGUUAUGAUAGCUCGAGCUGCUAUGUGGAAUCCUGCUAUAUUUAAGUCUGUUCAAAAUAAUGAACCAUUGCCUAAGCUUGAAGAAGUCAUCAAAAGAUAUUUAACUCUGUCGGUACGAUAUAAUCAUCAUGUAGCUGGAGUAAAGUAUUGUGUUUUACAAAUGCUACACGAAAUGGGUGGUACACCGUUGUAUGAGGAGGUAUUAGCUGUGAGUGAACUACGUGAUUUAUGCGUCAUUUGGAAUAUGCUAGAUGUAUAUAACCAUGAAAUGUCUGUUAGAUUAGAACGUUUGAAUCAAAUGGAAACUACUUCGAAUGAUAAUCAUCAACAGUCAGUCGUAUCAUCGUCAUCACUACCUUCUGAUUGUUUUCCACAUCCAGAGAAACGAGCUCGUAUAGAACAAAGUAUAGUAGAGUCAACAAACUAUAUUAUGAAUAGUGUACCUGAUGAGAUUGUACUCUGUAUCCCAUAUGAACGUAGAUUUUGGCCUGAACAUGGAACUAGUCCAAAACAAAUUCUUCUUGAACAUUGUAAAUUAUUAAAAUGGGAUACACCAAAGUAUGAAACUGUAGAAAAUCGUGAUACACGAUCAUUUUUCAGUACCGUAUUGGUGGAUGGUAAACGUUAUCGAAAUACGAGCGCAUGUAAGUCGAAGAAGUAUGCUGAACAGGCAGCUGUAUUAGUCUGUUUACAAAUUUUAGGAUUACCAAAUGGAAAAAUAACUUCAAUCAAUGAAAAUAACGUUGAGUAGUUAUGAGAACUCAAUUGUUUACAGUUUUUCUGCUUUUUUUAUUCAAGUUGGUUGUACAUAAAGCGAUUACAUGCAUAUAUUGUGGUUUUAUGCUAUGAAACAUAAUGUCAAUUUGAAAUGAACUGACUUUAUGAGAGAAACAGGUUAUCAUAAAUAUUACAUCUUUUGGUGUU